AUGACUUUGCCAGAACAAUUGACAGCCAGCGAUGUGCCAGAUUUUGUACAGUUGUCUGCCUACUAUGCAGACCGCACUCCUCAGUGUGUUCGUGAGGAUUUUCAUUACCUCAUAUUUGGUUCCAAUUAUGACGACGAGGCUGGCGAUCUGCAAGUCAGCAAAUUGCUAUGCUUACCUGUCACUGUUCAAGAAUUGAUUAAAAAAGAUCGUGCUGCUGUCACUGCUUCAAAAAUUGCCUACUUUGUGAUUGACUGCAGAUCUAAUGAUGCAUACAACUGUGGCCACAUAUAUGGAUCAUUUAGCCUCGAUUGUCAACUGCUUGUUGACGCUCCCAGCCAGUUCGAAAUUGCUCUCAAUUCAUUGGAAUCCUAUAAGAACGCGCAGAAGUUUGACGAGCAUAUUUGCUUUUUUGGAUACGGCGAUGAGGACCAGGUAAAGCUCCCCAUAAAACGUUUUGAAAGCGUAGCUUAG